GAUUUCUUCUGCGUCCUGUGUCUUGCCUGUUCAGCACUUGUCUACUCAAAGGAAACACUUUCUGGUCCCUGACUGAAGUUCUCUGAGGCCAGCAGCAGCUGUGGAUAUCCAGACAGUUGAGGCAGGCCAACCAGAUGAGUGGGGAUCGGGUGCCCCCAGGACAGGCCCUAAUCUGGGUCAUUUGGAUCUUUGCAGCCACCAUCAGGGGGUCUGUGACCGAAGAGCCACAUAGGUAUACCAGGCUGGGAUGGGUGAAGGGGAAGCAAGUCACUGUGCUGGGAAGCCUCAGACCUGUCAACGUGUUCCUUGGGAUUCCUUUUGCUGCGCCCCCACUUGGAGCCCUGCGAUUUUCCCGUCCACAGCCUGCGAGCCCCUGGCAUGACUUGAGAGAAGCCACCACCUAUCCCAAUUUGUGCCUUCAGAACCUAGAGUGGCUCACCACAUAUCAAAUAAUGCUCAAAGUGCAUUACCCUAAAUUUGGCGUCUCAGAAGACUGUCUGUAUCUCAACAUUCAUGCACCAGCCCAUGCCAACAAUGGCUCCAGUCUCCCGGUCAUGGUGUGGAUACCAGGGGGUGGCUUUGAGACUGGCUCAGCCUCCAUCUUUGAUGGGUCUGCCCUGGCUGCCUAUGAGGACGUGUUGAUUGUGACCAUCCAGUACCGCCUAGGGAUAUUUGGCUUCUUCACUACACGGGACCAGUAUGCCCCCGGGAACUGGGCCUUCCACGACCAGCUGGCUGCCCUGCUAUGGGUCAAGGAGAACAUCAAGUUCUUCGGUGGAAACCCUGAUUCCGUGACCGUCUUUGGUGGCUCAGCGGGAGCCAUAAGCAUUUCUAGCCUGGUUCUGUCUCCUUUGAGCAAGGGCUUAUUCCACAGAGCCAUCAUGCAGAGUGGAGUGGCCAUCAUUCCUAGCCUGAAGAGCCUUGAUGACGAGCUGAAAACUGAUUUGCAGGUGGUUGCUACUGUCUGCCGUUGCAAUGCAUCAGACUCCCAGGCUUUGCUGAAGUGCUAGGAAAAGUCUUCCUUGGAGUUGCUGAGCCUUGGCAAGAAGACAAAGUCGUUCACUAGAGUGAUCGAUGGUCUUUUCUUGCCUGAUGAACCACUAGAACUAUUUUCUCAAAAGACAUUUAAAGCAGUUCCGUCCAUGAUUGGAGUCAAUAAUCAAGAGUGUGGCUACAUAUUGCCCAUGAAGGACACCCCUGAGAUCCUCCACGGCUCCAACGAAUCUGUUGCUCUUAACUUGAUACACAUUUUCCUGCAUAUCCCCACCCAGUAUUUACAUGUUGUAGCUAAAGAAUACUUCCAUGGCAAGCACUCCCUGACUGACAUUCGAGACACUUUACUGGACUUGUUUGGAGAUGUGUUCUUUGUGGUUCCUGGGCUGGUGACAGCUCGAUAUCACAGAGAUGCUGGUGUACCUGUAUAUUUUUAUGAGUUUCAGCACCGACCCCAGUGCUUUGAAAACACGAGGCCAGCCUUUGUGAAGGCUGACCACACGGAUGAAAUCCGCUUUGUCUUUGGAGGCCCUUUUUUAAAGGGUGAUGUUGCCAUGUUUCAGGAAGCCACUGAGGAAGAGAAGUUGCUAAGCAGGAAGAUGAUGAAGUACUGGGCUAACUUUGCCAGGAGCGGGGAUCCUAAUGGGGACAGCCUGCCUCUGUGGCCAGUCUACGAUCAGAAUGAGCAGUACCUGAUGCUGGAUUUGAACAUUAGUGUCGGACAGAGACUGAAAGAUCAGAGAGUGGAAUUUUGGACAGAUACUCUCCCCCUGAUCAUGUCUGCUUCAGAAACACUGCUCAGUCCUGCUUCCUCCUUAAUCCUCUUUUCUCUACCUCUGCCUUUCCUUUUCUAUGUUGCCCUUUAGAAGUCAUCAUUGUGUGGUUCUGAAUUUCCUGCUUUUAAGUUUCUCCCUCAGCCAUUACCCUCAUUCUCCACUGAGCUGCUCUCUGUGGGGAUUUCUGUCCACUAAUCUGCUUUAGCUGGUGUUUUAUGGGCUUAGGGAUGAACCUCAUGAAAUUCUUUUCAACAUCAAAAAAUUCAAUUUGUCUUGGAAGGUAAUGAGAUUUUCUCAAUGAGUCUGGAGGAGGGCUGGCCCAUUACUUGUCAUGUAAUGAUCCCGUUACUCAUAUGAAAUAAAAUCAGAAUGCAAAAUAUAUGCAAAAUAUA